AUGUCUAAACGGACUCUGGAUGCAUUCUUUGCGGCACCCAAGCCGAAAAAGCAGAAGAAGAGCGGGCUCUACAAAGAGGACAGCAAGGGCGUGAUCGAACUCGAGCCGUCCCCAUCGCCAUCGCCAUCGCCAUCCCCAUUACCGGUUGUGGUGACGAGCAAGGAGACCAUCGAGAUCGUCUCGGACGAUGACGAGAUUGCCGUGGUGUCAGAGACGAAGGCCGUCAAAUCUACGUCGGUGGCAGCUCCUGUCAUCCUGACGAACACCGGCUUUGCCAUCGCCGCUCCUGACCGGGACACCUCGCCGAGCGGACCUCCUUCGAUUCAUCCGACAUACCCCUUUCCCAUCCCUUCACUACCUCGGCACCUCCUGGAAAGCAUGCAACCUUCUAAAGAGCCUCGCGCUAUUAACGAUGGAAUCGACCUGGACUUGCUCUGUUACGAGCCGUAUAUGGCAUCGAGCUUGGCGAGGGAUUACGGAGAGUUCUUAAGGCGGGAACUGCCUUUCUACCGUGUUCAGUACAAGAUCAACCGGUUUGGCAAGGAAACAGAGAUCAACACCCCUCGAUACACUACCGUCUUCGGGAUCGACGAUACGUCCCGUUUCUCACCUGACGGUCAGAUCCUCGACGCUCGAACCGGAAAACCAUCCCCAGCCAACAAAUACAAGACCUGCCGCCCUCGCCCCAUCCCCCAAUGUCUCCAAUCCCUACUGGACGCCACCUCGGAAUGCACCAACACCUCGUACAACUUCGCCCUCGUAAACUACUACGCCUCGGGGCAAGACUCGAUCUCGUUCCAUUCGGACGACGAACACUUCUUGGAAAAAGAGCCCGCAAUCGCUAGUUUCAGCUUCUUAGGGGCGAGGGAUUUCUUGCUCAAACAUAAACCUAUGAAAGAACAAGGACAGCCGGUGGAAGGUGCCAAGAAGGGGGAGGACAAGCCGAUGAAGUUCAACUUGACGAGCGGGACAUUGAUCCUCAUGCGCGGAAAGACCCAAUCGAAUUGGCUCCACUCGAUCCCUAAGCGAGCGUCGAACGGGGUCCGAGCACCAGCCAUCCAAGGGAGAAUCAACAUCACCUUUAGGAAGAACAUGACGGCGGCAGGGACUGAGAACUAUUAUCGGUAUAAUGUUGGGACGGGUCCGGUUUGGAAGUGGGACGAAAAGAAGAAGGAGAUGAAGCUGCAUGUAGCCGAUACGUCCGACAUUUGA